AAGAAGAAGAAGACAACCCACUGCGCGGGCCCAGUUGUUGUGUCCAUGAGUUGGACCCGUUGUUGAGAUUUACCAGCGGAGAACUACGUCGUGUAAACGAGAUGUAUUAGAUUAACACGCAGCUGGAGUUUAAGUCUUCAUGAAACAGUCUUCAGUUCGGCUCGUGUGAAGUACAACUCAGACCAACUGUGUCCCUGUUACUGGAGACGUCUUCCUCGACAGAGACUGCGGAUGGAGAUGGACGCCCUGUUGUUCGGUGGUUAACGUUGUGACAGAAGCUCACUGACAAAAACAGGAGAAUACCUUGAAUGCACCGUGUGGACCUGUCUCCGUUCUCCGUGAGUCCGGCUGCCGGCCUGCUGGCCCGGUGCGUCUCCAGAGGAGUUUUAUCUCAGGAGGAAAUAGACUCCGCCUCCUCCAGCCUAAGCCCCGCCUUCUCCGCUCACCUGCAGGAGGCUGAACAACGAAUCAGAACGCAGAGACAGCUGGACCAGCUGCAGCUGGAGGUGGAGCUGCUGCAGAGAGAGAAGAAGAACGCCGACGUGGUGCACACUUACUACCUCACCCGGCGGUUCCAGAUGCUCCAGGUGUUGUGCGGUCACCUGCAGGACGUCCUGAAGGACCAGACCGGUCUGAGACAGAGGCUGAUGAAGCCGCUGGGACGCACACACCUGCCGGUCCCAGCACACCUGCACAGGUAGCCACACAACAUGUAACACACACCUGGAACUACGGCCUUCCUCCGCUGCUUUUAUUUUGG